GUUGAUGGUGACCACUUUGAAAUCAUCUCUGUUUACGGUCAGCAGUUUGCAUGUAUUGUUCCGACAAUUGCACGGCGACAUAAGCCUACUGAUAGUCUUUCUGAAACUACUACUAUGGAUAUAAAAAAUGUCUUUUCUUCAUGGAACACUACCGAUUGCCUUAUCUGGUCUGCUGGUUGGUGGAAUUACAAGUUAUGUACUGGAAAAGAAAUAAGUCAAUAUCACGAGGACAAGGGUUCUGCUUUGGUUACAACCUCUCUUGGUACUUUUACUAGAGAUUUCGAUUGGACUCAGUUCUACGACCAUGGGACGCUUUGCGAUGUUACUGGCAAACCUCGCAGUACGGAAGUGCGGUUUGUCUGCCGUAGAGACUUACCAUUCCCUACAAUCCUUGAUGUCACCGAAGUAUUGACUUGUAGUUACGUUGUUCGUGUUGCAGCGGCUGAUCUCUGCACCAUUAGUGCCCUAGAGCCUCAAGAUGACUUAAAACCAAACGAGCUUGUAUGUUCUCCUUCUCUUUCGGACGAAGACUAUUCCAAGUUUCAGCAGGAAGAAAGAGACUUUCAGAAGACAAUAAGAACGCUGCCUACUCGUCGCAGAGCUUUCCAAGAUAACGUUCUGAAAUCACGGAGGUCGUAUCGUGUAAGCUCCAAGGAUUAA